UUUAACACACUAGUUAUCAAGAAGUGGAUCAAAGUCAGUCAUAAUGUUAACGUAUUUCUUCGAAAGUAAAGAGCCGAUAUUCUGGACCUGAAAAUGAUUUGAUCGAAACACACAGCUUUCUGUUGAACAGCACUGGGACAAUGAAUCUCACAAACUGCACUGCUCCUGAGCCUAGUGUUGCGCUCAAGACAAAAACAGGCACAGAAAAAAGGCUUAUUGCCGUAACGCUGGGCAUUCUAACGUUCCUCACCACACUGUUGAAUUUUGCCGUCAUUGUAGCCAUUUGCACAACCAAGAAACUGCAUCAACCCGCCAACUACCUGAUUUGCUCUUUGGCUGUUACUGACUUUCUGGUUUCAACCUUAGUAAUGCCAUUAAGUAUCAUGUAUAUUGUCAUGGAAACGUGGUCCCUUGGUUACAUAAUCUGUGAGGUGUGGCUUACCGUGGAUAUGACUUGUUGCACCUGUUCAAUUUUACACCUGUGCGUGAUCGCACUAGACAGGUACUGGGCAAUCACUAAUGCUAUUGAAUAUGCUAGGAAGCGCACAGCGAAGAGAGCAGCAGUGAUGAUAGCAGCAGUCUGGGCUAUAUCUGUGUUCAUUUCAAUGCCUCCUUUGUUUUGGAGGCACAGAUACAGUACCAGCCACCUCACCCACUGUAUCAUUGAGCACAGCCACAUUGUGUAUACAGUUUAUUCCACGUUUGGGGCGUUCUACAUUCCUCUGACCUUAAUUUUAAUUUUGUACUACAGGAUUUAUCAUGCCGCAAAGCACCUCUACCAAAAGAGGGGCUCAAGCAGACACUUGAGCAAUAGGAGCACUAAUAGCCAAAACUCCUUUACCAACUGCAAACUCUCCCAGACUUUCUGCGUGUCUGAUUUCUCUACUACAGACCCAACGAUGGAGUUGGAUAAAAUUAACGUUACGAUUCGAAUCCCCCCCUUUGAGACCAUAAGGGAGCAGUCCUGUGAGCGGCAGCAGCUGUCAAGCUCCAGAGAGCGCAAGGCAGCCCGGAUCCUCGGGCUCAUACUGGGGGCUUUUGUUAUUUGCUGGUUGCCAUUCUUCAUCAAGGAAUUUCUAGUGGGACUUCAGCUCCUGACCACAUCUCCUGAGGUCUCUGACUUUCUGACCUGGCUCGGCUAUGCCAACUCUCUCGUCAACCCAUUGCUCUACACAAGCUUUAAUGAAGAUUUUACGUCUGCUUUUAAAAAACUGGUCAGAUCCAAAGAGCAUUCAUGAAAAAACUAAACAAAAUGGUGGCCUGUUAUUGUUUUCGUCAUGACAUCUUGCAUAUUUAUUGGAAUGUUUUUUUUCUUCAAUAAAGUAUAUAGUAAAAAAAUAUAUAUUUUUUUAAAAGUGCUGUUGCAUAUCUUUUAAAGACUUUAAAAGUCUGCACCUUCAGAAAAAUGGCUGCAGCCUGCAAGCAGUCUAUAUUUAAUAAUAAAGCUUGUCACUAAUGCUGGAGGAAUGUUGGUAGACUGGCCAUAUCAUGGUAAUAUAUACACG